AAAAACUUUGCUUUGUGAAAAGUCGUCGAGAUUCAACUAUGGAGAAAUGGGAAGGACGGGUUGCCUUGGUGACUGGAGCCUCAAUGGGAUCAGGGAGGAGCAUUGCCAAACUUCUGGCCUCACAUGGGAUGCGCGUGGCGGCAUGCGCCCGGAGCCUGGAUAAACUACAGACCCUCGCAAAAGAGUGUAUGUCACUACCUGGUUGUGUUAUUCCCAUUAAAUGUGAUCUGAGAGAUCGUGAGAGCAUAGAGACGAUGUUCUGUAAAAUUAAAGAGAAAAUGAUGGGAGUGGACGUCUGCAUCAAUAACGCCGGCCUCGCUUUGGAUGCACCAAUCAUUGACGGGAAUUACGACGACUGGGAGGAAAUGUGGCAAGUAAACGUGAUGGCAGUUUGUAUUUGUUCUCAUCUUUCCAUUAAAUCAAUGUUAGAUCGUGGAAUCGACGACGGACAUAUCAUUAAUAUUAACAGUUUGUCUGGACACAGAGUUGGCAAGGCACACUUUUACUCCGCUACAAAAUAUGCAGUAACGGCACUGACUGAGGGAAUUCGAUGGGAGUUAAGGGGAGUGAACUCUCACAUUAAAAUCACGAGCAUCAGUCCUGGUUUGGUACAAACUAACUUUGCCUACAACUUAAUGGGGAAGGAGGGAGGAGACGAGUGUUAUAACUCAAGACAAGCUCUGAAGCCGGAGGACAUGGCGAAAUCCGUGGAAUUUGUUCUGGCUACACCCCCACAUGUUCAGGUCAGUGAAAUGAUGAUUCGACCAACGGAGCAAGUAGUAUGAAUGUCAAGGACAAUAACUCUGUAUGACCUCCCAUACAGAAAAAUACCUGUACCUCUCACAGCAAAUUAAAAGUCAUUUAAAUUA